AUGGGGUCUGGGGAGGGUAAAGUGGUUAUUUUGUUUCUUGUAUUUCUGGUGCCUCCAUUUCUUGUGCGCAAAGUAUUUACCCAAGUCUUUUCUUUCAUCAAUGUCCAAUUAUUUAACAGCCUUUUGCUGAGAAGAGAAUGCUGUUCAUUUAACAACGGUGAAUAUGUCAAAACUGGCGUGGCGGAACUGGAACACUGGUGCUACAAAGCAACUGAUGAGUAUGCAGGAUUAGCUUGGGAGGAGCUCAAGCAUACAAGGCAGGCAAUCGGAUUUUUGGUCAUACACCAGAAGCCAAAGAAGACAUUGGAUGAAAUAAGUCAUGAUCUAUUUCCUGUGCUUAGCAUUCAACAAUUUUACAGAAUCAGCACAAUGUAUUGGGACGACAAAUAUGGGACGCAUAGCCUUUCACCAGAUGUUAUAUCCAAUAUGCGUGUAUUAAUGACUGAAGACUCUAACAAUGCAGUCAGCAAUUCUUUUUUGCUUGACGAUGAUUCGAGUAUACCGUUCUCAAUUGAUGACCUCUUUAAAUCAAUGGAUCAGAUUGAUAUUGCAGACAUUGAGCCACCCCAACUUAUUCGAGAAAAUUCAGGCUUCAGUUUCUUAUUGCCACGUGCAGCUAAUCGAUCUCAAUCAGACUUCAGUCCUAUGAACUUGCAGCCACAUCUUUGAUUCGUGUGAGCAUGGAGGAGUAUGAAUGCGUUGAUCAGCUCAGGCUUACAAAAGGAACAGAAGCGCCAGUAAUUGCGUGCAGCCAUUGGGGUGUACUAUGAGGGCGGCAGAAGAACUUUACAUAUUGUUGAACAAUUUUUGAAAAAUACAUAUCUAUACUAAAUUUGUGUCCACUGCCGCAAAGUAAGAGUGGAUGCAGUGAUACCUCCAUAUUAGUAAGAGAAAUCUACCCGUAAUGCAUGAACCAGUGCCCGUUGCUUUUGUACUAAUCAACUAUAUGAAAUACAGAAUAGAAGAUCUUCAAUCUUCAUGCUUAUGUAUGUUUGGAACAUUUUGAGGG